AUGUGUGUAUGUGUAAUAACGCAGGCAAAAUCAAAGAACGAGAAGAAGAAGAAGACCGCUACAGUUAUUCACGGAGUGGUGACCUCUGAGAUGUCCAAGGAGGAGAUCGAGGAGUACGUGGUGUUGCUUCGCGCAGAACUGGAACGCGAACGUGCCGAGCGCAACAAGACAGCUCUGGAGAGGGACAAGGUGACAACCUUUUGGGAGACGUGCCGUCAGCAAGUUGAAGAUGCGAGGGGUCUGUUGCGAAAGAAGGAGCGAGAACUGGAGGAUGCCGAAGAGAGACACCAAAUGGAGAUGCGAGUUUAUCGACAGAAGGUGAAGCACCUGCUGUUUGAAGAAAACGCGAGACAAGUGGAUAUCCGCCAUGACACUGCGGUGACAUUAAAUACGAAGGCGGAGGAGAUGAGAGUAGAGGUGAGGGAACUGUUAAAUGAGAACUACACCCUGAAAGCCCAAAUGCGACUUCGACAAUUGGAGUCCGAGGAGGCAGUCAAGAUGUUGAAGAAGCAACAUGAAACUGAGAUGACAGCCUUGCGGCAGGACUUCAUUCUCCAAGCUGAGGAGCUGGAACAGAGAACAGCAAAGCAAGCUGCCCAGUUGCGAGAAGAUCUGGAGACCCAGCGCGUGAGCGAAAUUCACGCCACUGAGGAGCGCAAGAACCUCCACAUCAAGCAACUCGAAACGGCUCAUGAUAAGGCCUUCAACAACAUGAAGAGCUACUACAAUGAUAUCACCCUUGGCAAUGUCAAUGUCAUUAAGACCCUUAAAGAGAGCAUUGAAGAACUACGUUCGAGUCUGGUUCGUAUGCAACGUGACCUUGAGUUGAGCCAAUCACAGACCGCGCAGUAUAAGCAGAAAUUAGGGGAAUCAGAAGAGCAGAAUAAGAAUCUCCGAAAAAUUGCACAUCUCUUCGAAUCAGAAAAGUCUGCACACAACGUGACAAAAGCUAAUUUGCGUCUUGCGAACAAAACAAAAGCAAACAACGAAAUGCUCUACAAUAUAGCACAGGCAAGACUCGAAGAACUGGAAGCUGAGAAAAAACGUCUGACAGAGAGGAUGGAAAUGACUUUGUUGGAGAUCAAGAGAAAGGCUGGUGUAAGGAGUGCAAUUCUGGAGAAGAAACUAACCCAUCUAGUGGCGAUUUUGGAGGCCAAGGAGACGGAGGUGCAUACCCUCAUCAUGGCCACGAAUGCGGACCCGGAGGCUGUAAAGGAGUCGCGCAAAAAUCUUGAGGAAUUGCUGAACAAAAAGAACACAGCCAUCAGGGAACUGCAAUAUGAAGUUUCACGUGUGGCAAAGGCCUAUACGGAUCUAUGGCGGACAUGCCAGGAGAAGCUAAUGGAGGAGACGAGUCACCCCGAUAACAUAGGGAUCAAGCCGGUGGGUGUGAAUGUCUCACUCAUCUCACCCUUUAACCCUGCCACAGCGCAGUCCAAGCUGCUCAACCUCACUUCAGGCGCACAAGGCACCGCCAGUGGGGUAAUAGAGGGCAAAGGUCCCCUUGGACUCACCUCCAUCCCGCCUCUUUGA